AUGAAAACAGAUUCAAGGACGGAGAUCAGAGAGAGGCACGGAGGAGAAAGUGAGAGGACGGGGACGGCGACUGGAUCGGCGUCGACGAACUUCCUAGCCACAAACCCUGGGCAUGGAAAUCUCCACAGGACUCGGGACCUCCUGGACAUGGUCAUGGGGACACACUACAACACUCCAAAUUUCGAAGGCUCCCCUACUACUCCGAUCUUGUCCCAACCCUCCCAACCCCCAUCUGUUCCGGUGGGAGUCCGUCCUUUGACAUCCAGUAAUGUAGGGGGCCCGGCAUCCAUCCGACCGUUACCAUCUACCCGAUUACCCUCAUACGGAACGGGGUCCGGUUACCUCUUGAAUGUGGUUAACCAGAUCCAGAGUAAUCCAAACAGCUACCUGGGACCAUCCAGAGGUCCCUAUUACACCACGGUUCGUCCUCCAACCGAACUUGACCUUGACUUUCUCCGAACCCAGGGAUUACCACCGGCGAAUUCCCCUAUUUUUAAUCAAGCGAUUCCGUUCCAUGUGACACCUAGGCCAUAUUUCAGUCCGAAUUAUUCAGGGAGAGUAGAAGGGGAGCCGACAUAUGAUGGUAGUGCCUGGAUCCCUGUGAGGAAUUUUCCUCAACCAGGACGAAUCGACCCUCGACACCCUUAUCGUCCUUACUUCAGGUGA